AUGCUCGUGUCCCUGACUGUCGGCAAAGUCGACGCCGGCGUCACCGUCCUCCUGACGCCGGACAAGCGACUGAUCGAGUUCCCGUCCAUCCUCCUCCCCCCCAACAUCUCGUCCGGCAGCAUCGUCGACAUCGCCGUGUCCCAAAACGUGGAAAAGGAGACGGCGCAGGAGCAAAAGUUCCGCGCGCUGCAGCACCGCAUCCUGCACUCGUUUGGCGCCUCGGAGCCCGCCAGCCCUGCCCUCCGCUGCCGCAACGCGACGCAGACGGCGGUCGUGCUCGAAUGGGACCCCGUCGAGCUCGCCACCGCCGACCUCAUCUCGCUGAGCCUGUACCGCAACGGCCAGAAGGCCGGCAACAUCCCGCGCCCGCUGCACAUGCACAGCACCAAGAUCAGCGGCCUGGCCGUCGACACCGAGUACACGUUCCACCUGGUGCUGCGGACCACGGCCGGCGUGCGCACGAGCGACAAGAUGGCCGUGCGCACCCACAAGAUGACGGACCUGAGCGGCAUCACCAUCACGCCGGGGAUCCUGCCCGCCGCGGCCAGGGAGACCCUGUGCGAGGCCGUGGAGCGCAUCGGCGCCAAGCUGGCGGACGGGGUGCGCAUCGACACGACGCACUUUGUCACCACGGAGGGACGGGGCGCCGCCUGGGAAAAGGCCGUGGAGAACAACAUCCCCGUGGUGCGGCCCGAGUGGGUGGAUGCGUGCGAGAAGAACGGCCGCAUCCUGGGCGUCACCAGAUUCUACCUGGACGCCAUGAUGCCGGGCCCGCCCAGCGACGACCAGCUCAGAUCGCCGCCGCCGCCGCCGCCGCCGCCGCCGGUCCCGGCCAAGGACAUGGCCCAAUCGCCGCCUCCUUCGCGUGGGGCUACGACGACGGCGGCGGCGGCUACGACGGCUGACGACGAGGUCGACGCGGCCGACGCCGGAAGCGGCAAGACGCAGGGCACCACCGCGCAUGGCAACGACCAAGAACAAGGCCAGCAGGAGUCCUCGAAAGCGCCGCCGCAUCCCGAUGAGCAAAAGAUGAAGCUGGAGGAAAAGGCGGAGCAAAAGGUGGCCCUGCGUCCCAGCUCAUCAAGCAAGCGGGAUAUGGAUAUGGAUGCGGACAAGGAUGUGGAUAUGGCCAUGGAUGGGGAUGCGGAACCGACGGGCAAGGGUGACGAGCACGGCGAUGAAGAAAAUGGCACCGAGGGCCAAGAGGAGAAGCCGGCUGGUACGCCAGAUGGUGCGUCGUUCCAAGAGGUGGAGCUGUAG